AUGGGCGCGCUGCUGGCUGCUGGCGUGCGCACUCCCGUGGAGCGCCGUGGGGCACGCAGCGGCGCGCAGUGCGGCAGUUCAAGACACAUACACCAGCUCGAAACCUCAAGCGACUUCCACAAGCAGCGGCGGUCAAGCAGUUGGAUCAACGCCGCAGUCGCGAUACUUCCUGCUCCCCAACAACUC